AUAAAAUAAUGACAUUCUCUGGGGAGGUGACAUAAACAUUUUAAACGAGUUGACAUUCCCAUCUAAUGGCGUCUAUAUUUUAAAACAAAAGAACAGAAUUAUUUGUUUACCAGAACAAAAAUGAAUAAUAAAAAAUCAAGAAGUUCGCUAAAAAAAGGGCCGACCCAGGCGGAUGAGGAGCCUGAUCCUGUCCGUACUAUAAAGCGUCGCAUCAGUUUUAGCGGCAAAAAGUUUAUCAGAGAAUUCGAUACUACGGAGAAACCACGCGACUACGACAACUCAUAUGAAAUAUCGGACCACACCAACGGCGACGAUAGCUCCGGCCAAACCCAUGGCACUGUGGCAGCGUCUGUACUGCAAAGUACAGCCCAUAUCUCAUUGGCCAAUGAGAUGGACAAGGAAAAUACAUCGCCCAUCGCAAUAGCCCUAGGGUCAGUGUACGAGCAGAAUUCUCGAUUUAGCGAUUCUACACUCAAACUCCAAACGAGCAUCAAUGUGACGCUGCUACCAGAUGAAAUGGCCAAACGCCAUCGGCGAAUGGAAUCCCCGGCCCCUUUGGAGUCAAUGUCAAGCGACAGUUUAUCCUUGUAUGAAGCGGAACGUGUAAAGCUGCGUGAAAAUAGUGUAUAUAGAAUGCCAGUUUUUGAAAAAACAAUGGAUCUUGUUCCAGAAAAGCUAGCUUUUGCUGAGGAGCCCAAGGAUCUGGAAAACAGAGACGAACAAAAAACUAUUGUAAUACCUACGGACAUUAGUUGUGUGACUCAACAAGUCUGUCAGAAGACAGUGCUAUUUGAGAACAAGGACAUAUCUUGUGAUUUUACCGACAUUGAGCCAAAAGAAAGUUGUUGGGCUGCGGGUGCGACGGCUAAGCCAACGCAAGAAAAUGAAUCUAUUGAUGUGGUAGAAAAAGAUUAUAUGAAUUAUUUGCCAGAUGAUUCGACGUUGUCUUCGCCGUUAAUACCGUUGGAUGUUAUAUCAGAGAACGGGAUAAGCAAGAAAUUGAACUUUCGGCAACUGAACGAUGCCUUGAACUCCGGCCAAAUACAGUUGUUUCCCAACGGUCCGAAAACACCAACUACCGAUCGCAAAGCAAAGCAACAGCGUUUUUGGCAUGGUCUAGAGCAGCAGCCCGCGGAACAGGAUGUCCCCCUCAGAGAAGUCAUUAAGCCACGCGGCACGCUUAAUUUUAAUGAGAGCAUGAUGAUGUCGCCCACACCGCAAAGGCCCGAACCUAAUCUAAUGGCAACAGCAGACCAUUUCGAGCAACCCGUCAAGGCUAAGAGCUCACAUAACCCUAGACGCAACUAUCGCUUCUCCCAGGCGGACGAGCUGAUGCUAGACAAUACAAAUUUUCUUGUCCAUGCCAGAAUAGGCGAUGAAACGCAGUCGCGAAAUAGCUCCAAAUCUUCAUCGCGACGGGAAACGACUUAUGAUAAUACUGCUAUGGAAUUGGAUGAUCUGGAAAAAUGUGAAGCAGCUAUGAGAGCUGCUCUGGAGAUCGCCAAGCACAAGGAAACUAUGCAACGCCUAGAGCCGAUGGAAGAAGAAACUUUAUUAAGUCCCUGCAAAAAUGCAAUCAACGUAAUGCAUAUGUCAACUGCAGUUCAGCAAUGCAAUCAAGCAGAUUUGAAUCCCCAUAAAGCACAGCCAUCUCAGCAGCGCAGCAAGCUAAGGCAAUCGUUGCACAUGUCUGAACCCAUUGAAGAAACCUCCUUUGACUCGCACAAUGAGUUAAAGUCAGGUCCGCCUGCUACUCCAACAGCAUCGCAACGCAUGAGGCAUAGGCAAACAUUGCAUAUGGCUGAACCAAUUGUAGAGGAUAUCGUAAUACCACAUAUUGAGCCGGCAGCUCCUCAAAUGAAAAACAAUACCCGCAGACAAACCAUACACUCUGCGGAAGCCAUGGACGAAGAUAUCGUAGUACCUCGCCAGGAAUUACCAUUAAAUUCUUUAGCUCCUGCAGUAGAAAAGCACUACGGCAGGCGCCGGCAAACACUGCAUAUGGUUGAUUCCAUUGAAGAAGACUCUUUUUGCUCGAACAAAGGCGGUAAGACAAUUGCUGCUUCCAUUAAAUCCAAGCACAAUAAAUACAGGCAAACGCUGCUCAUGGCUGAACCCAUUCAGGAGGAUGUCAUGGGGCCACAAAAAGAACCGAUGCCGCAACCGGUGCAGCAGCAGAUCAGCGGGCGUAGACAAUCACUAAAUUUAAACGAAUCAAUUGGAGAAGAUUCCUUUUAUUCAGCGACUGCUGCCCCAGUAGAGCUGCAUGACAAUAAGAACAGACACACAAUGCACAUGGCCGAAUUCAUUGAGGAGGAUUUUGUAAGACCACAACAAAACUUACAUGCUCAACCGACAGCUCCUACGAUGGAAGAGCAGUACAUUAGACGUAGACAAACACUUCAUUUGGUUGAAUCCAUUGAAGAAAUUGUCGUUCAACCCCAGUCAAAGUUUACUGCAGUUGAACAACAGCACAGCAGGCACAGACAAACAUUGCAUCUGGCAGAUCCCAUUGAAGAAGACUCGUUCUGUUCAAUGUCCAACGCUGCCAAUCAGCAUAGAGAUAAAUUCCCUGGGGAUAAACCAAUUAAGGACGAAUUGAAGCGACAAUCAGAAGCUGCUGCAGUUGGCCUACAGUCCAAUAGGCGUAGACAAACCUUGCACAUGGCUGAUCCCAUUGAAGAAGACUCUAUCUGUUCAAUGUCCGCAGCAAUCAACUCGCAUAGGCAUACAUUACAAAGGGAUGCGCCAAUUGCGGAAGAUGGAUCAAACCGGCAGGAAGAAUUAAGGCGGCAGUCAGAAACUUCUGCAGUAGGAUUGCAUUCAAACAGGCGUAGACAAACGUUGCACAUGGCUGAUCCCAUUGAAGAAGACUCUAUCUGUUCAAUGUCCGCAGCAGCCAACUCGCAUAGACACACAUUGCAACGGGAUACGCCAAUUGCAGAAGAUGGACCAAAGCCGCAAGAACAAUUAAGGCGACAGCCAGAAGCUCCAUCAGUUGGCCUGCAGUCCAAUAGGCGAAGACAAACAUUGCACAUGGCUGAUCCCAUUGAAGAAGACUCUAUCUGUUCAAUGUCCGCAGCAGCCAACUCGCAUAGACACACAUUGCAAAGGUAUGCGGAAGAUGUUUUAAAACCGCGAGAAGAGCUAAAGCCACAGUCAACAGCUCCUACAGUUGCCUUACAGUACAAUAGGCGUAGACAAACAUUACAUACGGCUGAUCCAAUUCAAGAAGACUCUUUCUGUUCAAAACCAACUCCCGUGCCCGUGGAAGCUCAUGCCAGCAAGAAUGGAAGGGAUUUGCUCACGACAGAAGCUAUUGAUAUCGAUGAGAUUAAAUCUCAUGCACAAUUGCAAUCCACGUCAGCAGCGCACCCAGCUGAAAAACCAAGCAACAAACAUAGACAAACUUUACUCAUGUCCGAAUCCAUUCAGGAAGAUAUAACUAGCGCGCAAAAAGUGACCAACUCUAAAUCAAUGGCCAGGCAAACAUUAAAUAUAGCUGAGCCCAUUGAAGAAGCCAUUUGCAAUGCAGCCAAGUCAUUAAAGUUACAAGCAGAUGCUUCCAUCGACCAAUAUAACAAAAAUGCACGUCAAACAUAUUUCAUGGAGGAAGCUAUGGAGGAAGACAUCAGUUGCAACCAGUCAAAGCCGACCACUCCACCCAAGUUUCAACUACAAAGGAAGCCAAGACACACAUUACACAGAGACGAAGCCAUGGAUGUAGAAAUGCCAAAAGUUGCGCCAACUGAGCAGCGCUCCAGCAAGUCCAGGCCCACACUGCUGAUGUCGGACUCUCUAGAGUUGGAAUUGCUAAGCCAAAGCGCCUCCGAGGAUAUUGAUAAAGCGAGAGGUGACAGUCCUUCAGAUUCAGCAGAGUGGUUAGCUCAGAGGCUCAAAGCACGUGAAGCAUUGACCAAGUCAAUGCCAAUGCCAAAGCAGGAAUUUCCAAGUCCAGAUCGGAUUGAGAAAGGGCAACAAUGUCAAGCUGUAGACACAAAAAGCGUCUUUAAUCGACUUAUCAACCGUACAAGUGUGGAAACCCCUGAGAUGAAUAAGAAGCAGCAGAAUUGGUAUCAAAAUUGUUUUCCCAUCACGCCCGGUCGCUCAAUAAUUGAGUAUGAGGACCUGGAGGAAGAGUGCAAGGUUGAGAGCCCAGCUGCGAAGCCUGCUGUCCAAUCCAUAUACAACACUAUGGAUAUGGAGCUCGACAUGGACACCUCAAACUUUGGCACUCCCAAGCAAACGACUUCGUUUACCGUGAAGCGCUUGCCAAUACACUUGACACCUAAUUUGCCGCAGCCCAAAAAGCGCAACACGCACUUGCCAGUAAAAAUGGAGGACAAGAAUGUUAGCUCAGCGAUUGAACUGGAAGCAUCAGCACAAAAUGUGGAGCAAUUAACGCCCGCUAGAAACAGGUCACGAAUUCCUGUCUUAUCCAAAUCAUUGAAUUCACCUUGGCGUGAAACGGAGCAGCUGGACGGCACCGUGCAGAUGGUGAGGGCAAUAAUGAUGGGGCAGACACGCUGCCAGAAAAUGGAAAUCACUCACUUGACGGAAGAUAAGGCGAAAACGGAUCCAGCUAUGUAUGAGGAUAACCCCAUAACCAUUUCUGAUGUGUCAAAUCAUUUUACGGCGCAGCGAGAAUUGGCGAAGCGUUCACAUGCCAAGAAAGCUGAGCACCAGGCCAAGGAAUCAUCCAUUGAAAGUCGCAGCUCAAAUGAGCAUUGUAAUAAAAGCUAUGCGACAACCCAUAAAAGGUUUAUAAAUCUAAGUGGCGAUACCGUAAUCCUAGCCGCUGCUGAAGUUCUUGGCGAGGAGUCGGACGUUUAUGAAAUUGAUAAGACACGACUCAGUCUGGUGUCGACCUUGCUGGACGAGGAGGACGACAGAGAAAAAGAAACGGCUAAUAGCAGCAAUAUCGAAUUAGAGUCCAAUUCCGAACCUGAAGCUUGCCUUGAGCAGCUUAAUCCACCAGCAGUGGCUGGAGCAGCGGAUGCGUGCAAAAAAUGCAAGCGUUGCAGGCGCUCAAUGGACAAUGCGACGACGCGCAACAUCUCUGCGGAUUCAUUUGAAUUGCCGGAUUGCCCUGAUCUAGAUGCGCAGUUUGAGCGUUUGGAAAGAUUGCGACAACGGCCGCGUCUAGAGGAUGUGCACAAGUAUUGGGAGCUCAAAAAACUGGAACUUAACCCCGAUGAUGAAGAUGAAGAGAAAACGCACAGCCAUAUAAGCGAUACAUGUUGCUUAAGUCUAGCACAAAUGCUCGAGAUGUUUAACAACAAGUGCGAAGAGUACAAGCAAUUCUGUCCAAAACCAAAACCAGUUGAAAGGUUUGUCAAGUGCUUGGAAGACUCAAUGCGUGCCCAGUUGCCCAAUUGGAUAUUUCAUGAUAAUCUUAAAUAUUAUCGUAAAUAUAUCUUCUCACAUCGUAAAAUAACAACAUUUCAAAUCGUUAUUGAUUAUGAGCCGUUGGACUUACUGGAAAGUAAGAUACGCGUGAGCAGCAUUCAAAUGAGAAAAUCGAACAUACCUCCGAAGUUUCCAUUAUGGAAUGUCUAUGACCAUCUGAUGGAUUUUCAGCUAAAGCUUAAUCUACCACUGAACCUGGAUCGCCUGUUGGAUGGCAACGAAGUUGAAGAUUUUGUAAAAUUCUUACUCCACAUAGAUGAAGUUUGCUUAAGAGUAUAUAGCAUAUGUAAAAAUAUGCAAAUGGUGUUGACUACAGCAGGAGCGCGGCUAUUAAGAGAAUCUAAUCGCAUUAUUCUGAGAAAGACUGUGCGGCGAUUAAUUAAGAAGGAAGAUGAGGCAUUUGCGCGUAUGGAGAAAACGAACUUUAAAAUUGAAAUCGGUAACGUUCAGGAGAUCUCGUUUAAGGAUAUUCUGCAGCCAACUUUGUAUCAAUUCGAUGAGAAAAUUCAAUUUUUACCAAAGGGUAUCGCAUUUUUGGAAGCCUUCUUGCAAAAUCCCGAUCAAUUUCUAAGGCGUAACGCCGAAAACAAUAAUUAAAGUUUUAUUGCGGAAGCUUUGGUCAGCCAGCAAUAUUACCAAUCCGACUUGUUUUAUACAUAAAAUAUUAAGAUAUUCAAAGUUAUGUAGUAAUUAUUUUAGAUGUACAUGACAUUUAUAUUCAGUUUGCCAAUCAAUAUUUUUAAAGCGUUUUGUUUGUUUUUUUUUUUCGU